GAUUGGCGCACCGGCGCUUCGAUCUUCGCACGAGACAGGCGGAUCCGAGAUGGAGACGGCGCUGGGCUUGGCGCUGGAGGACGCGCUCCGCGAGUUGCUGCCCGAGGGCCACGAGCCCGAGAAGAUUGCGAUCGAGCGCAUCCUCGACAGCGUCCUCUUCCAGAGCAUGCACAUCUAUGCGACCGAGCUCGAGAAGCUGGAGCGACAGCGCAAGAAGCGGGCGCGCGAAGCGGACGACCAGCCCAAGGCAGCGCAGCCCAAGAUGCCUUCGUUGGCGAAGAACAUGAAGAGCGACUUUCAAGUCGUUGGCUCCAUGCAAGAGUACAAGAGCUACCUCGAUACGUGGGAGAUCGACGUCAAGGACGCCCAGGUCAUGAGCGCCGGCAUUGCGCGAAACCAAGCUACGCCAACCUUCAAGUCCGUGCUGCGCAUGGUCGAGCGGACGUCGAAGUAGCAGCAGGACACCUCUAGAAGCGGCAACCAUGAACGCAUGAGCUUUUUACGCGUCGCAGGACGCUUCUUCUGCAC